AUGUUUCGAAGAUCAGCUCUCCGACAGCUGUCUCGUCCCGUAACCGGCACAUCGCGCAUCAGUCGGCGGGCAUUUCUCUCUCCGCGCUCAUCUUCUGGGCGCCCAGUCGAGCAUCUGAACAUCCGGCGCCUCUCUCAAGAGUCCGAGGACUUCCACAGGAACCGGCGGAUAUUCCUGGUCUGUGGCAGCUUCGCAGGACUCGUCUCUUUUCUCUACACGGCGUGGAGGCUGAAGGAGGAGCUGUCCAAGAGGGCGAACAAGCUCGAUUCCGGCCUACCUCCGACCGACCCACUCGCCAGCAAUGACGCCGCCAGCCGCAAGGUUGUCAUCCACGACGAGGAUGGCCGCGAGAUUGUCCCCACGGGCAACAGCACGGUGAAGGAAUUCCCCCGCACCAUCGAGCUACCCUCCUCCUACGCGCCGACCACGCCGCAGACCGCCGCCUCCGCCAUGAGCGGCGACGUGUCCAUGCCGGUCCACUACACCCUGGUGGGCCUGGGGGUGCGGACCGUCACCUUCAUCGGCCUCGAAGUCUACGUCGUGGGCUACUACGUCGCGACGUCGGAUAUCGCCGCCCUGCAGGCCGCACUGGUCAAGAGGGUCAACCCCAUCGCGACGACCCUGGUGCCCGGCGAGCGGGACGAGCUCCGCACAGCCCUGCUCGACCCCGUCCAGGGCGAGGAGCUGUGGCAGGAGCUGCUGCAGCGGGGCAUACCCGCCCGGUCCGUCUUCCGCGUGAUCCCCGUGCGGGACACCGACUUCCACCACCUCAGGGACGGCUUUGUCCGUUCCAUACAGGCCAGGUCGCCCAAGACGACGGGCCCCACCGCCGACGACAGCUUCGGUGAGGCGAUGCGGAAUUUCCGGGGUAUUUUCAACCGCGGGGGCGUGGCCAAGAAGAAGGAGCUCCUCCUCAUCCGGGAUGGCCAGGGAAGGCUCACCAUCGUGUACGACCCGGGCAGGGGCCCGAAGGGGAGUGGUGAGGCGGGCGGGCGAGAGCUCCUUGGCACGGUGGACGAUGAGAGGAUAUCGCGGGCGCUGUGGCUCAACUACCUCGCGGGUAGCAAGGUGGCCAGUGAGCCGGCGCGGAAGAACAUCGUCGAAGGUGUCAUGGAAUUCGUGGAGCGGCCUGUCGGCACAGUUGCUUCCCAAGUUGUAUAG